CAUCGCUAGAGUUAAGUUGGAUUUUUGCUGCGCGCCGUUCCGUUCGAUUGUCGGGGCUAGAUUUUCUGUUUGUUGUUGCUUCCUCUUGCUAAGGGGCCUUCGUCGUCGGAUUAAGUGCAAGAGGAACUGGACCUGGAGUGUGCGUGUUUUUGAGAUCGCUCUGAACGCAGACGGUUUCGCGUGUGUGUUUACCGUACGACGUGUCCGUGCAUGAUCGCGCGGUGGUGCAGAACUGGUGAAAUUUUGACGCUAUCGCAGAAGGCGCUGAUUCGUGGUUAGUGAAAUAGCCAAAAAAAAAAACCAAAUGAUUGAUGGAUUUGGCUGCAGUGUUUAGGUGUGACUAAACCGAUUAUGGAUUAUGCCAAAUGCGAGCGAGUGGAAAUUGGGGCGGUGAUAAGCGGUGAAAGAAAUUUAGCUGCUUGAGAGAGGGAGCGGUAAUAGUGAGGUCAAUGCCUGAAAAUGUGAUAAGUUAGCUGAUGACGAAAAGCUAAAGCGAGCGCGAGUGAUUAACGAAGCAAAUAUUUGAGGCGAUAUGAGUUCUUGAGCUGGUAGAGUGAAAACAAUUGUUCAGGGUGGUGCUAGAGUGUGCUGGGAGUCGAGUUUCCGUUUUUAUCAGUUCGGUGCAAAUAUUGGAUUAAGACCACAGAGAACCGGCGAGUUGAAAAACUGUGGAGUGCUGUUUGUUAGGAAAACUUCCGGUGGUUGCUUAUCAAGAUCUCCCACCAAGUGUGUUGCAGUGUUAUGAAACAAAAUCGCAGAAUGAGUGAAAAACGGUGAAACCUGCGAAAAUUGUGUCCGAAGCCAAAUUAAUCCAGUGUGAAAUCAGAAAAAAAGAUAUAAAUCAAUCCAACACCCAUCAACGCAAAAUAUUUCUCUCGAAAUGAGCUCAACCAAAGUGCGAUCGCAGCUGCCAUCAAGCGUGAUGGUGACGGUUCUGCUGUUGCUUCUGCUGGCCGUGGGUCCGGCUGCCGUGAGCGCUGCCCACUGGGAUCACGCAGUCGAUCUGGACGAAAACUAUCGGCUGCUGUGGAGCAUCAACAACCAGGACAUCACCUUCGAGGUGCAGGCACGAACGCUCGGUUACGUGGGGCUAGGAUUCUCCACCGACGGGUCGAUCUACGGUGCGGACAUCGUGAUCGGUUGGGUCGAUAACGGGCAGGUUCACUUUCAGGACCGCCACUUCAAGAUGAACAGUAACGGUGAGCCGCACGUUGAUCCCUCGCAGGACUACAUUCUACUGCUCGGGUACGAGAACGCCACCCACACGGUGCUGAGAUUCCGCCGCAAGCUGGAUACCUGCGAUACCAAUCAGGACGUUCCUAUCACGAAUGACACCAUCCGCAUCAUCUACAUGUACCACAACCGGGAUCCGAAAAACGGUGCACAAGCCAUCGGUACGUUGCCGGAUCCGAACGAAGCUUUCAAGGAUUCGGUGCCCAUUUUCCUCACCCAGCGCGUCAACCAGGUGCCAAUCGAGCUGGACUCGCGAACCCGCAUCCUGGAGCUGCGCAAUAAAGACGUCGAGAUUCCGAUGGGCGAUGAUAAUCUGCGCUGGUGCAAGAUGUUCAAGCUGGACCAGUUCGUUCGGAAGCAGCACAUGAUACGGUACGAACCGGUGAUCGAAUCACGCUCCAACCUGCCCUUCAUGAAGCACAUCGUUCUGUACGAGUGUCAGGGCUCGACGCCGGAGCUGGAGAUCAUGUCCCGCGAGAACGGCCGGUCCUGCAUCAAGUCGGAGAAGGAGCUGCUGACCUGUAAUUCGAUUGUGGCCGCCUGGUCCCGCGGUUCCGAGGGUUUCACCUUUCCGCUGGAGGCCGGCUAUCCUCUGGACUCGUACCAGGCCCGUUUCUACAUGAUGGAAACGCACUACAUGGGCUUCCAGAGCAACUCGAUCGACAUGCGCCCCCGGAUGGACAACUCCGGACUCCGGCUGUACUAUACGACCAUCCUGCGGAAGCAUGACGCCGGAGUGCUUUCGGUUGGAAUUCAACCAAACUGGCGCCAUAUUAUCCCGCCCGGCCAGGAGCGGGUCGUGUCCGAGGGUCACUGCAUCGAAGAAUGCACCCAGCGAGCGUUCCCCCGGCCGGGAAUCAAUAUUUUCGCCGUUAUGAUGCAAACCAGUCACAUGGGAAAACAGGUCCGGUUACGGCAGAUUCGUUACCGCGAGGAACUGCCACCGAUCGCACACGAUUUAAACAUCGAUUCGAAUUAUCAGGAAUUCCGCCGACUACACAGCCCCGUCAAAGCACUGCCCGGUGAUCGGUUGAUAGCGGAAUGUUCGUACGAUAGUACGGCUAGAAAAACCAUUGCACUCGGAGGCUACACGUCCCGCGAUGAAACCUGCCUAGUACUGAGUCUGUACUAUCCUCGCCAGAAGGAGCUCACAUCCUGCCACUCGAUCCCUAGUCUACCAACGGUUCUGCAUGCCGUCGGUAUCAACGAGUUGGCCCCGGGAGCGAACCCAAUCCGGAUAGCUUCUCCACCGGAAAUCGCCGGAAUGACCCUGGAGGAACGCCUGCUUUCCUACGACUGGAGGGUCAACUUCAACGCGUUCCAGUAUGUGAUACGAAAAGGUGCCUUCAAACCUCUCUGCUGGAGUGCUCGCAACACCCCAAUUCCGGGCACGGACAACAUAGACGCAUACGCACCGAACCUAACCCGAAUCUGGCGUCCGACGCCAACGUGCGGCGUUUCGGCCAAUGGUGGCAGCUCCACCGGUGGCGGUUUCAACAGUGUGAACCGUUUCGUAACGGAACGGGAAACCAGUGUGCCCAGCUGGACGCUGCUGGACGAAGACGAAAGCAACAAUGUGAUUGAAGGGGCCGCGCGAAGCAAAUCGAUUCGCAGCUCGUCCGGGGCGACCGUGCUCAGCUCCGGUCUGGUCAUCUCCAAGGUGGCACUGUUUGUGAUCUUCAUCAGCACGGUUAGGUUAGCAGCGCUGCUGUAGUGAGGAGCCGUGUUACAAAAUAUUGGAAAGCAGAAUUCGGGGCAAACCACGCACCGAACCCCCUAGGGAGAGACCAUAGAAAAACAAGACUGUUGUGUUAGUGGGUAGGGAACAAUUGUGCGAGAGGGAGACAGUCCACAAAAAAGCAAAGAAGUGAAUAUUUUUGUACAGGUUUUACUUUAAGGAGCAGGUAGUUCUGUUCGUUUUUUUUUAUAGGAAAUCGCUAGUCAUUUGAGCAGAUUCUGUUACGUAGUGGUUAGUUGUCAGACAGAGGAUCCGAACAUGGAGGAAAUAUUUAAACGAAACAAACGAAGCGAAACACUAGCAUUAGAGAUGGAAGCGACGGAGAAGCGCUUGAUUUUUUACCAUUUUUGAUACACUGAGCCAGUUGUUGAAGUUGUAUAUUUUGUACAUAGGCUAGAAGAUGCAAUCAUUGUAUUAUUUUGUAUAUAAAAUAGGACUAAUAAUAAAUUGCGAAAUUUAAUGAAA